AUGACCGCCCGCUUGGUCUUGGUCAUCGGUGACCUGUUCAUCCCCGACCGAGCCCCUGACCUUCCGGCCAAGUUCCGGAAGCUCCUCACACCUGGAAAGAUUGGUCAGAUCCUCUGUUUGGGUAAUCUCACCGACCGCGAGACCUAUGACUUCCUCCGCCAGGUAGCCCCCGACCUGCAGAUGGUCAAAGGUGACUUCGAUGUCGACUCCCCGAAUCUCCCCCUCUCCAAGAUUGUCAACCAUGGCAGCUUGCGCAUUGGCUUCACACACGGUCACACCAUCAUCCCGCCGGGGGACGCAGAUGCGCUACUGAUCGCAGCCCGGCAAAUGGAUGUUGAUAUCUUGCUUUGGGGUGGCACCCAUCGCUUCGAGGCGUUUGAAAUGGAAGGUCGCUUCUUCAUCAAUCCUGGCAGUGCAACUGGCGCCAUGAGCUCUGGGUUCACCCCUGAAGGAGAUGAGCCUACGCCGAGCUUCUGCUUGAUGGAUAUUCAAGGAGACGUGCUCGUGCUGUAUGUUUACCAGCUGAAGACGGACGCCAAUGGAGUUGAGAACGUGUCAGUCGAGAAGGUUUCCUACCGCAAGAACCACGCUCCUGCUCCUACCCCUGCUGCUGCCGGUGUGCCUGCACCUGCAUCUUGA